CCUUCCUGGUCCUGCCACAUCCUUCUCACACAGCUCGUGGGUACGCAGGGAGGGAAAUGGAUCUCCCUUGCCGGGGCCAUGGUGUGUAGGACUUCAGGGGGAGACGUGGACCUCUCACAGAGGUGUGGAUGUUUGUGUCCUGCCUUGGUGGAAUGUAGGACCUUGCUGCUGAUGUCUCAGGCUCUGGGAAGAUGGAUAGACCGGGGGUUGGCAGAGUAUUCAGACUCCUGGGUCCUUGGAUGCCCCGGAGAUCAAGAUGGACAGUUCCUGCUGAGGAAGCCCGAGGAGAAAGCAGGAAGGAAACAUUAGAGAGUAUCAGAGAGCCCUCUCUGUCCAGCUAUACGGGAGGACCACACUUUUUUGAAUAUCUCUUUGUGGUUUCUUUGAAAAGAACCCAUUCGGGGGAUGAUUAUGAACCUACAAUAACCUACCAGUUCCCAAAGCGAGAGAAUCUGCUCCGGGGCCAGCAGGAGGAAGAGGAACGAUUGCACGGGGCCAUUCCUCUGUUCUGUUUCCCUGAUGGCAACGAGUGGGCACCCCUCACAGAUUACCCCAGGGAGACAUUUUCUUUCGUUCUAACCAACGUGGAUGGGACCAGGAAGAUUGGCUACUGCAGGCGACUCUUGCCCGCUGGCCCCGGCCCCCGGCUCCCGAUCGUGUACUGUAUCAUCAGCUGCAUCGGCUGCUUCGGCUUGUUCUCCAAGAUCCUGGAUGAGGUGGAAAAGCGGCACCAGAUCUCCAUGGCCGUGAUCUAUCCAUUCAUGCAGGGUCUCCGGGAGUCUGCCUUCCCCGCUCCUGGGAAGACGGUCACCCUCAAGAGCUUCAUCCCUGACUCUGGCACGGAGUUCAUCUCCCUGACGCGACCCUUGGACUCCCGCCUGGAGCAUGUGGAUCUCCGAUCCCUGUUGGGAUGCCUUAACCACGAGCAGAUCCUACACAUCUUCGCCUCUGCGGUCCUCGAGAGACGGAUCAUCUUCCUGGCCGAGGACCUCAGCACCCUGUCCCAGUGCAUCCACGCUGCCGCCGCGCUGCUCUACCCCUUCAGCUGGGCCCACACCUACAUCCCUGUGGUCCCCGAGAGCCUUCUGGCCACUGUCUGCUCUCCCACUCCCUUCAUGGUCGGAGUUCAAAAGCGAUUUAUUCAGGAGGUUCUGGACAGCCCUAUGGAAGAGGUUCUUCUGGUGGAUCUGUGUGAAGGCACCUUCUUAAAAUCGGUUGGAGAUGAAGGGGAUGUCUUACCCCCCAAGCUGCAGAAUGAUAUUUUGUCUUCUCUUGCCCAGGGGAAUAAUGACCUGAAGACUUUGGAGCAGGUCAAUGAGCACGUCUCGGGACCCUUUGUGCAGUUCUUCAUCCGGACAGUGGGCCACUAUGCCUCUUACCUCAAGCGGGGGCCAGAUGGGCAAGGCAGCUUCCAGGAGAGACCCUUCUGUAAGGCCCUGCCUUCUAAAACAAGCCGCCGGUUUGUGAAGAAAUUUGUAAAGACGCAACUGUUCUCCCUUUUCAUCCAGGAAGCCGAGAAGAGCAGGACAUCUCACGCAGGAUACUUCCGACAGAAAAUCACUGAAUAUGAGGAACAGAAGAAACAGAAGAAACCAAAGGAAAAGACUGUGAAAUAAGUGGUGUGGGAGGCAGGAGUGCCUCAGCCUGCAGCCCAGCUCUGUCUGGAGUGGACUUGGAGUUUGUCCUGGGCCAGAACUGGCGUGGUCUCAGGACCCCAGCACUGUUAGGUUCAAGGAUGGUUACCUUUGGCAUCCGAGCCCUGUUUCAAGCUGGUACUUGGAGGAUUUUUCUGGGGCCCAGCUUCUUCCUUCCCAAGAAAAAACCCCAGGGCUCUCACUCCUUGUUUUCUGGAAGAGGGUGCCAAACUGGGCAAUGAUUAGGUAAUAGCAGCUGUGACUCCCCUGGACAUUCUCUGUCCUAGAAAUUCUGAACCUGGUGCCUUGCUUCUUUCUUAGGGACUAGUAUUCUCAGUAUCCAGGACCAGAAGCACAGAGAACAGCUUUCACCCAGAGGGCCAGACCCUUAAUAAACCAAACCUGUGAGAAUGUGAAUAAAGGUGGAAACUGCUCCUGUGA